GAACUAAUGAUUUUCUAUUAAGUGGUUUAGGUUAAAGUCUUCUCAUUUCUAAAUCUUUACCUUACUCUUUAUGUAUGAUGAAGUUAUCUUAGCUGGACCAUUCAGUGGUCCUGCUUACAAAUUUAAGCUGCCAGCCACUUUGUUCUUGAUAUCGCUGCUAUUUUUAUUGUUAUUCUUUUAAUAUUCUUUCAAUUCGCAACCCUUUGUUUUGAAUUGCGAUUUCAGAUUUUGCCUUCAAAGGCUUGCGAAGAAAGCAGAAAAAUAUUUUAGUUCCAAGCUUUGCGAGCUAUGGUGCAGGCCAAUCCACAAAUUUUGCAGCCCAUGCUUCAGGAGCUAGGGAAGCAAAACCCUCACCUGAUGAGGCUUAUUCAGGAGCACCAGGCUGAUUUUGUUCGCCUGAUCAAUGAACCUGUUGAAGGUGGAGAGGGUAACGUACUGGGACAGCUUGCUGCAGCAAUGCCACAGUCUGUAACAGUUACACCUGAGGAGCGUGAAGCCAUAGAACGUGUAAGUAUUGCCUUUUCCUAAUUUUUAUUUGAAUUUAGAUGUGUUUAGUGUGGUGGUCUUGAAGUGAUCUUUUGAUAGGGGUUUUUUUCCCAAUACCUAUGAAUUCUAUUGGAUCCAUAACUAUACAUUGGAAGACUCCUUUGGAUCUCCUAGAAAUAUAUCCAUCCCUGACCCCUCACAUCAAUUCCAUGAUCCUCUUAAUCCUUUCUCAUUCGAGUCCAACAUCUGUUGGAAUUGAUACUUUGGAUCCAGUUAGAUAAUAUUUUGUAAAUUUUAAUUUUUUGUCAAUUGUCCUUUAUGUAAGCCACUUUAUUUAUUUGCAUUUUUUUUGUCC